AUGAUUAUGGGUCAUAGUACACAAGAAAAUGGUGACAAAGAAAAUAAUUUAUUUAAUCAGUAUGUUGGUAAUACGGAUAUACCUGAUGAACAGGUAAUAGAUUCAAUCUUUCUGGAAAAGAAAACUUUACAUGCAGAUGAUGCAAUAGAUUAUGAAGACAUAGAUGAAUUAGCUGAUGAUGAAUUACCGGAAGAGGAGGCACCUGCAAAUCAAAUCGAUGAUGAUGAAUUUGAUAAACUACUAUAUGACGGACCUAUUGAUUCAGAUACAAAUAAUAUAAAUAAUCAACUAGAUAUUAAAGAAGAAGAGAGAGCUCAAGAUUUCGCAGAUGAUCAAUUUGAUGAGAUGUUUGGACGAGAUGAUGAGCAUCAAGAUGAUAAUGAACACUUCAAUAAUUUGGAAUCAAAUGAUCAAUUUAUUGAAGAACAGCAAGAUUUAGGCGAUAUUUUCAUUGAUGAUGAAGAAAGUAAAAAACAAAAGCUUCAAUUGGAAAUAAAGCAAAAGCAAGCUACUGAAAAGCUCAAAAAAAUAGUAUCUAGAUUAGAAAAACGACGAACGAAAAAAAAUAUCAAACAUUACUUUCCUUCAUAUUCUCGAGAUCAACCUUUAGAUUUUCAUAAAUUAUUAGCAACAGCCCCUAAAUUCUACAGAUAUAAUAAACCAUUUUUAGCAUCAUAUAAAAUCAUCAAACCAUUAGUACCUACGAAAAUUAAUCUAGAAAUUGAUGUUGAUCAAAGAAAAAUAUUUAAACAAGAGUUAACACCGUACAUCCCACUAAAAAAUACCACCAGUAUUAUGCAAAGUGAUAUAGAAUUUAUUAAAAACCUACAGAUAAAAAGUUCGUCAAUUGACUCAUUUAUUAAAGAACUCGAUUAUGUAAAACGAGAUUGGUUGAAUGACGAUAAAUUUCAAACUUAUUCUAAGGAUUUAAUACUAUCGACAACUGAUUGGGAUGAUGAAGCUAUAGUAAAUGCUGGAGAUACAAAUUUUUCUGUGAAACCAAUAAAGGAGUUAGAUUUCAAAAUAUCACUGGAUGAAGAAUUGGAUGAGGAUAUUUUUGAUGGUCAAAUUAAACUUGAUAAAUUAAAACUCGAUAUGAAUGAUCCAAAUUUACUAUUUGUACCUACUAAAACUAAAAAAGAACUAAAAACCGUACCACAAACAAGCAUUGAGAGAAGAUUCAAUUUGUCAAAUGAUAAUGAUUAUGAAUUAUUAAGAAAAAAUUACAAUACAAAACAAAGAUCUCAAUUAAGUAACUUAAAUAUUGAACAUUCUGUGCCAGCAAUGAGAUUACAAACACCAUUUUAUAAGGUUAAAUUAUCCAAAGUUGAAGCAAGGUCUUAUCAUAGACCAAUUUUUUAUGUACGACCUGGUACUUUAAUGAGUUUUUCAAAAUUAAAAAUUAGAAAGAGAAAGAAAGAUAAAGGAAAAGCAUUACAUGAAGUCUUUUCCAAAACUACUGAUUUAACUGUUUCAGAUUCUGCUAGUAUUGUGGCUCUAGAAUAUUCAGAACAAUACCCUUCAAUUUUAUCAAAUUUUGGUAUGGGAUCUAAAUUAAUUAACUAUUACAGAAAAGAAAGAGCUGAUGAUACUUCAAGACCAAAAGCACAAGUUGGAGAAACACAUGUAUUAGGGGUCGAGGAUAGAUCACCAUUUUGGAAUUUUGGUGAAGUUGCACCUGGUGAUUUUGUACCCACAUUAUACAACAACAUUGUUAGAGCUCCUAUUUUCAAACAUGACCAAAAGACAACAGAUUUUUUAUUAGUAAGGUCACAAGGUGCUGGUUCACAUCAAAAGUAUUUCUUAAGACCAAUAACUUUUAAUUUUGCAGUAGGUAAUAUAUUCCCUGUUGAAAUUCCAGCUCCGCAUUCAAGAAAAGUAACAAAUAUAUCCAAAAACAAAUUAAAAAUGGUUGUUUAUAGAGUAAUGAAUGCUAAAAAUGCACCGCGUAUAUCUGUCAAAGAUGUUUCAAAACAUUUUCCUGAACAAACUGAUAUGCAAAAUAGACAAAGAUUAAAAGAAUUUAUGGAAUAUCAAAGACUGGGUGAAGAUCAAGGUUAUUGGAAAGUUAGAGGCAUGAAUGAUAUAAUUCCGUCUGAGGAAGAUAUUCGUGCAAUGAUUACACCUGAAGAUUCAACGUUGAUGGAUACAAUGCAAUAUGGACAGCAAGUUUUAGAUGAUACUUAUACCUUGUUUGGUGAAGAAUCUAAGGAAAAAGACAAAGAAAAAAAGAAGAAAGAAGAGUCUGUUGAGGAAGAGGAAAAGAAAGGUGGCUACAAAAAGAAAGAUCCAGAAGCCGAAAUAGAUAUUGAGGAAGAAUUAGCUCCAUGGAAUUUAUCAAGAAAUUUUGUAAUAGCAAAUCAAACUAAAUCUAUGUUACAAUUAAAUGGUGAAGGUGAUCCAACAGGUAUUGGUUUAGGUUAUUCUAUGUUACGAUCAACUCAAAAAAAUGGUUUUAAACCUUUAUUCAAUCAACCCGCAGAAGCUAUACCAAAAAGCAAUGCAGCAUCAUAUCAUCAAAAACUUUAUGAGCAAGAAAUAAAAAGAAUUUGGUAUUCUCAAAGAAGUUCAUUAGUUGAUCAUGGUGCAGAUUUUGAUUUAAAUCAAAUAUAUAAAGAGUAUAAACCAGCAAAUCACACUCAAUUUGAAGAAACGAAAUUAAAAGAUCAAGAAAAAUUUGAUGAGAACAAAGUUCUAAGAAUAACAAGGAGAGUAAGAGAUCAAAAUGGAGUUGUACAAAGAAAAGUACAAAUUGUGAAUGAUCCAAGGUUAAUUCGUGCAUAUGUAAAAAGGAAAAAAGUCUUGGAAGAUGAAUUAUUAAGAAGUGCUGAUGUUGAUGAUAUUUUACCAACAAAUGAUAAAGAAUUAAAUAAGAUUCGUAAAAAGGCUUUAGAAGAAAAAUUAGCUAAUUUGGAAAAAAGAGCAAAACAAAGCAAAGCAAAAAAGCCACCAAAUGAUUCUAUUCAUGCUGCUGCUGCUGCUGGUGCUACAUUGAUUGACGCAAACACUGUUAGAUUACCAAACGGUUCUUUAGUUAUUGGAGGUAAAGGUAUUGGGAAAGGUAAUAGUACAACAAGAAGGUGUAAAUCAUGUGGGUCUUUUGGUCAUAUUAGAACUAAUAAAACUUGUCCCUUAUAUGAUCAAAUGAUUAAAGGUUUAUUACCUAAAAGACCAGCAUUUGCAACAAAUGAUUCCAAUGAUAAUGUUAAAGCUGGUAAUGGUAAUGUUGAAUCCCCAACAAUAGAAAUGGAAAUCAUAAAUGAAAAUAAUGAUAACGAUAAUAAUAACAAUAAUGGCAAUGAUAAUACUAUGGCUGGAUCUCCAAGUAAUCAAAUGUCACCAAAUACUCCAAGUGAAUCACAAAUGUCACCACCAUCUGUAACUUAA